GAGUGCGCCGCAGCUUAUAAGCCCAUCUGCUGUUGAUCCUUUCGCCCUGACCGUCCCUGCUGUCCUGUGUGCCGCUGACUCGAACUGCGACCCCCUGAUCUACCGCAACCGUGAAGAUGGCGACCCGGGUCGUAAUAUUUUUCAAGACCAUGCAAGCGGCACGAUGCCCGACAGACGAGCUAUCGCUGACUAACUGUGCCGUGGUGAGUGAGAAGGAUCUGCAGUCAGGACAACAUGUGAGUGUGAAGACCACACCCAACCACAAGUAUGUGUUUACAGUCAAGACCCACCACACUGUGGCUGCAGGAAGCAUCGCCUUCAGCCUGCCACAGAGGAAAUGGGCUGGUCUCUCCAUAGGUCAGGAGGUGGAAGUGUCCAACUACAAUUUUGACAAGUCCAAGCAGUGCAUUGGCGCCAUGACAAUCGAAAUCGACUUCCUGCAAAAGAAGAGUACUGACUCCUCUCCCUACGACUCAGACAAGAUGGCCGCCGAGUUCAUCCAGCAGUUCAACAACCAGGCCUUUUCUGUCACCCAGCAGCUAGUGUUUAGUUUCUGUGACAAGCUGUUUGGCUUGGUGGUAAAGGAUAUUGAGGCCAUGGAUGCCAGCAUCCUCAAAGGAGAACCAGCGUCUGGAAAGAAACAGCAAAAGAUCGACGUCGGUCUGAUGGUGGGCAACAGCCAGGUGAUUUUUGAGAAGGCUGAGAAUUCAUCCCUCACACUAGUUGGCAAGGCAAAGACCAAGGAGGCACGACAGACAAUCAUCAACCCAGACUGGAACUUUGAAAAGAUGGGAAUUGGUGGUCUGGACAAGGAAUUCUCAGACAUUUUCCGCAGAGCCUUUGCCUCCCGAGUCUUUCCCCCUGACAUUGUGGAGCAGAUGGGCUGCAAGCACGUGAAGGGCAUCUUGCUGUUUGGACCACCAGGAUGUGGUAAAACGCUGAUGGCCAGGCAGAUUGGCAAGAUGCUCAACGCCCGUGAGCCGAAGGUCGUCAACGGCCCAGAGAUCCUGAACAAGUACGUGGGAGAGUCUGAGGCUAACAUCCGCAAACUGUUCGCCGAGGCUGAGGAGGAACAGAAGAGGCUGGGCGCUAACAGUGGCCUUCACAUCAUUAUCUUUGACGAGUUGGACGCCAUCUGCAAGCAGAGAGGAACGGGCGCCAGCAGCACAGGCGUGCACGACACUGUUGUCAACCAGCUUCUGUCCAAGAUUGACGGCGUGGAGCAGCUUAACAACAUCUUGGUCAUUGGUAUGACCAACAGGCCUGACUUGAUAGAUGACGCCCUGAUGAGACCCGGCAGGUUUGAGGUGAAAAUGGAAAUCGGUCUUCCUGAUGAAAAGGGACGCGUCCAGAUCCUAAACAUCCACACCAGCAAGAUGCGAAGCUUCAACCUUCUCGCUUCCGACGUCGACGUCAAGGAACUGGCAGCGGAAACUAAGAACUACAGCGGUGCAGAGCUGGAGGGUCUGGUCAGGGCAGCGCAGUCAACCGCCAUGAACCGGCACAUCAAGGCUACCUCUACAGUUGAGGUGGACAUGGAAAGGGCAGAGAAGCUGCAGGUCACCAGAUCUGACUUCAUGGGGUCCCUCAACAAUGACAUCAAACCAGCAUUUGGUACCAACCAGGAAGACUACUCCAGCUACAUCAUGAACGGCAUCAUCAAAUGGGGCGACCCAGUCACUCAUGUUCUGGAUGAUGGAGAGCUGCUGGUACAGCAGACCAAGAACAGUGAUCGCACACCACUUGUUGCUGUUUUAUUGGAGGGCCCACCCCACAGUGGAAAGACAGCCCUGGCAGCUAAGAUUGCAGAGGACUCACAGUUCCCCUUCAUUAAGAUUUGCUCUCCAGACAAGAUGAUUGGAAACUCAGAGAUCUCCAAGUGCCAGGCAAUCAAAAAGGUCUUUGAUGAUGCUUAUAAGUCUCAGCUGAGCUGUGUUGUGGUGGAUGACAUUGAGCGUCUGCUGGACUAUGUGCCCAUCGGUCCACGUUUCUCAAAUCUGGUCCUUCAGGCUCUGCUGGUGCUACUCAAGAAAGCUCCACCCAAGGGCCGGAAGCUGCUCAUCAUUGGCACCACCAGCAGGAAGGACGUCCUACAGGAGAUGGAGAUGUUAGAUGCUUUUAGCACCACCAUCCAUAUCCCCAACAUCUCUACUGGGGACCAGCUAAUCGAUGCCUUAGAGCUACUGGGAAGCUUCACAGACAAAGAGCGGGCCAGCAUCGCACAUCAACUCAAAGGAAAGCGGGUCUGGAUAGGCAUUAAGAAACUCCUCGUGCUCAUCGAGAUGUCAAUGCAGAUGGAUCCAGAUUACAGAGUGACCAAAUUCUUGUCUCUGCUUAGAGACGAGGGGGCGUUGAAUGAAGGUGACCAAAUCCGAAUAUAAGCUGUUGGUCGCUCUCGCUGUGUACUGUGAUCGGAGCUUCUAUGAGUAGAGCCAACCAGAGGAGCAAACCAAACACAUGACAAUAGACACGCCACCCAGAAAUAAGGAAGAAGAGCAGGAAAAGAAGAGAUCUUCCUCCAAUCCAUCGAUGCAUUUAUCUAUGUCACUACACACCUGGUCCAAGAGAGGAACAAACGGGUUCCUCUAUAACUCGGCAUGUAUCUGUAGGCAAUACCACGGAAUCACUUCCCUCCUACUCGGCAUUCUCAUCAUCAAGUACACAUAUCAGAGUAAAACACUGGAAGUCGUACUGUUAAAAAUCUGUUAUCUGUAAAAAAAAAACUAAAACCUGAAAAAAACAAUAGAUCAUUGUAACAAAAAAGUGGUGUUAUGUGAAUUGUGUGUAUAAAAAGAAAAAAAAAGAAGAGUUAAGAAUUUAAGUCAUCUAUGUUUUUAAGCUAUAGUCUUUGUUGUAUUUGUUGCAUACCUCUUGUCUGGCUGCAGGUAAUUAUUGUUAUUAUGUGUAUCCUCACAAGCAGUAUCAAACGGAGCACAUGCAAAAAUGCCGAAGCCAUUCGAAUAUCAAGAUGUGAUCACAAAGAGGCUUUUAGUGAAUAUUUAAUAGUAGUUAAAAAAAAGAUGUUCCAUGUGUAAAUGUAAUCCCUUUAAAUAUAAAGUAUGUUUAUGUUCUGUAAAUAGUAUACAUAGAUAUAACGAAGAUUAUCAUGAACUUAAAUCUAUUUCAAAAUGUAUCAGUAUCACUCUUCUUCCCUGUUGCUAUGGAGAUGUUGACUUUACCAGAUUAGUGUAAUAGUGAAAGUAAAUGUUGGAUUGAUGGCCGGCCUGUCUGUGUUGUGUACAGUACAGUUCAGUUUAGCUCUUAUAGUUCUGGCAUCAUCAGUGUUAAAAACAAAUCUAUAAAUAUAUCCUGCACUCUGAACAUCCAAACCUUUAGUAUGUCUCUUGGUGGUCCUUUGUGGGAACUCGUGCGCGUGUGAGCGUGUGCGUGGAGUGUCGAAUGGGAUUGUGCGUGUGCGUUUCAGUCUGUGCAUGUGAAGUGUAGAAAGCUGCUGGUUAAUUUGCUACAUGUCAUGUGUUCAGUGCUUCAAAGUGGAAAGUUCUUGUUCCGUUUGACCAUUGGCAUCGUGAGUGUAUGUGCGUGUGUGAGUGUAAAUAUACGUCAACAUGCAGAUAUUGCAAUAAAAAAAGAGCACAUAUGCACAGGAAA